AUGGCCUACCCAAAAACCUACCGCGCCCUCCGCCGCUCCGCAAAACCCUACCCUCUCACUCUCGAAUACACCACCGAGUCCCUCCCAGAAACUCUGGGCGCUCACGAUGUCGUCCUACGCAUCCACGCUGCGUCCCUGAACUACCGCGACGUCGCCAUGUUGCAUGAGGGAAAAUACCCCAUCCCCGUCAACGACGCCGAAGUUGAAGGCUCUUGCUGCGCCGCCGAGGUCGUCGCCCUCGGGUCCUCUGUCACGAAGUUUCGCAUCGGAGACCGGGUCGCACCAAGCGUGAAUCUGAACUUCCUAACUGGGGAGGAGCGCGACGCGGAGGUGUGUGCGCUCGGGGGAGACACGCCGGGUGUGUUGAGGGAGUGGGCGGUUUUUGAGGAGAGGCAUCUGGUUAAGCUACCUGGGCAUUUGAGUUGGGAGGAGGCCGCAACGAUAAUAGGCGUGGGAAUCACAGCCUGGGUCUCUCUCAACGAGCUCCGCAACGUACCCAAGGGCGCGACAGCACUCCUCCAGGGCACCGGCGGCGUGAGCAUAAUGUCGCUCCUGGUAUGCCUUGCAGCGGGCAUCACGCCCAUCAUCACAUCCUCUUCAGACGAGAAACUCGAGCGCCUCAAGAAGAUCAGCCCGGCUGUUCUGGGCGUCAACUACAAGACCACUUCGGACAUAGCGGCGGAAGUCCUGCGUCUCACAGACGGCAAGGGCGUCGAUUACGUCCUGAACAACGUCGGCCUUUCGUCUGUUCCAGACGACUUGAAGAUGCUGCGCAAGUACGGGGGCAGCAUUGCGCUAAUCGGGUUUCUGGAGGGCUUCGAGGCGAAGUGGGAUCCAAGUGUGUUGAUGGGGCUUAUUGCGAAGGCGGCGACGCUUAAAGGCAUCUUGGCGGGUUCGAGGGCCGAUUUAGAAGCCGUGAGCAGGUUUCUCGACGAGAAGAAAGUCGACUUGAAACCGCUUGUUGACAAGGUAUUCAAGUUUGAUGAUGCGAAAGCGGCGUUCAAAUACCUGGAGUCGGGGAGCCAUGUUGGUAAGGUUGUGCUCAAGAUGUAG